GCUACUACAGAGCAUAUACAGACCCUCUAGUUGCUUCCAACAGCUCAAGGAACUGAGAGGAGAUUGCAUACAGAGAGAGAGAGAGAGAGACCGAACUUUUGGGAUUCUGCAUUUUUAUUCUCUCCAGUCCUCAUGAAGGAAAACAAAGCAACGGUUCACAGCCAUGAAUCUGCUUCAUCAAGUAAAACAAGAAACACAAGUAGAACUAGAGACCCCUCCAGGCUUCACAUCAAGGUUAUGUACUCUUAACAACUGUCGAUCUUAUGCUGGGUUACAAGAUAAUAUAGUAGUGCAGCCGAAACUAGAAAAAGGGGUGAAGUUGGAUUUUAAAAAAGAUGUGGAUCUGGGCAAGGUAGAAACAACUGGGUGCUCUGAGGAGAACAGAAACGGAGCAGUCACAAAAACUAACAGAAAUGGACAAGAUUUCGGUGCUAGAACUAAGACGGAUACAAGGAUCUAUGAGUAUCCUGAUCCGGAGUUCUUCAACUUUGAGAUAGACAAGAGAGAGGAGUGUUUUGCAGUUGGUCAGUUGUGGGCUGUUUAUGACGAUUUUGAUGGCAUGCCGCGACUCUAUGCUCGGAUUGACAAAGUUGGUCUAUUUGUAUAUUCUCGGACCCAGAAUGCUUCUUUGCCUAGUUUCAAGGUGUAUAUCACAUGGUUAGAUGCUUCACCUGAUCGCGUAGAUGAUGUUGUUUGGAACAAGAAGGGAUUACCCAUUGCCUGUGGUAAGUUCAAACACGGGGCGGCUGGUACACUCAGUGAUGUUAGUAUUUUCUCUCAUCAGGUUGUCUGGAGAAAAGGCAAGACUUCGAAAACUUGCAUCAUAUAUCCUAGAAAAGGUGAAACAUGGGCACUCUUCAAGAACUGGAAUAUUAAUUGGAGCUCUGAUCCGAAUAACCAUAGAAACUUUGAUUAUGAAUACGUAGAAGUCCUGUCAGACGAUAACGAGCAAUCGGGAAUUCAUGUAGCAUUAUUUGGUUAAGAAUAAAGGGUUUGUAAGCCUCUUCAAGCCAAGUGGAGUGGCUUCAUUUUAUAUACCACCAAGUGAACUUCUCAGAUUUUCACAUAAAGUUCCUUCAUUUGAAACGUCUGGUAUGGAACGAGAUGAUGUCCCUGAAGGGUAUUUUGAACUUGAUCCUGCUUCCCUGCCUGCCAAUCACAUCGGAGUAUCUGAUUCCCUGACUGUAAAAUCAUGGCUGGUGUUCCGAAAAAGAGGAAACAACCUGGCGAAAACACCUUGAGU